GUCGCUGACGUCGGACGGGACUGUUUGUUCUGGAUUUGGGGCGAGGAAGAUCUGCGCGCGCUGACAACCGACAUAGGAAGAGAGUCGAGUCAGGAGCGUCAUGGCCUGAGGCGGCGCCCCCGCUGCCGCGCCUGCCCCCGCCAGGUCCAAUCAGCCCCGACUCGUCUGCAAACCCCUCCCCCCCUCCCCCACCCACCCCACCCCACCCCAAACCACCAUCACCAUGGGAGACGGACUGGAGGCGGGCAGGAGCCAGACUCCUCCCACAGCGCCGCCUCCUCUCUCCUGCAACCCCCCUGCUCCCGAAACAUGGAACCCCUCCCGACCCAGGCGGCAGACCAAUCAGCUACAGUACCUGUUGAAAGGGGUGUUGAAGGCUUUAUGGAAACACCACUUCGCAUGGCCCUUCCAAGCUCCCGUAGACGCCAUCAAACUCAACCUGCCUGACUACUAUAAGAUCAUCAAGACCCCCAUGGAUAUGGGCACUAUCAAGAAACGUUUGGAAAAUAGCUACUACUGGAACGCCCAUGAGUGCAUACACGACUUCAAUACCAUGUUCACCAACUGCUACAUUUACAAUAAGCCUGGCGACGACAUUGUGUUGAUGGCGGAGUCUCUGGAGAAGGCGUUCCUCAAUAAGAUCUCUGAGAUGCCCCAGGAGGAGACGGAGAUUGCCGUGGUUUCCAAAGGACGGCGCGGCAGUAGCCGGCGGGAGCCAGGUUUGACCAGACCAGACUCGGGGCAGGACUCCUCAUCCCCCUCCACCACUCCACACACACGAGACUACUCCUCCUCUUCCUCCACGCCCCACACCCGCGCCCCCCCUUUGACCCCCACUCCCCAGGGCCCUCCCAACCUCCCCCUGGCCCUCCCGUCCCACGGCCUGGCGCAGCCCCCUCGGGUGCCCCCUACCCCGCCCUCCCACGCCCCUCAGCUCGGACCCCCGUUCCCCCUGUCAACACUGGACAUCCUGGCCCAGGGACUGACCUCGGUCCCUCCUCCAGCCAGCGCCCACACCACCGCUCUCUCAGGUCUCCACCCCAACCAGCCUCAGCAGAACCCCGCAGCUCCCAUCAAGCAGAGGAAGAGUCAAAAGAGAAAAGCCGACACCACCACGCCCACCGCCAACGACCAGCUCAGCGAGUCGUCCCCCGUCUCGUCCGCCGACCCGCGGCCCCGGCGCGAGGUCAGCCGGCCGCCCAAGCAGCCCAAGCGGGAGGCCCUGCAGCCCGACUCCCAGAACCACCUGGGCCUGGUGCUCGGCAUCGGGCUGGCGGGCACGGCGAGCCCCAAGAAGCAGGAGCAGCUGCGCUACUGCGCCGGCCUGGUCCGGGACAUGCUGUCCAAGAAGCACGGCGAGUACGCCUGGCCCUUCUACAAGCCCGUGGACGCGCGGGCCCUCAGCCUCCACGACUACCACGACAUCAUCAAGCACCCCAUGGACCUCUGCACCGUCAAGAACAAGCUGGAGGCCAGGCAGUACCGAGACGCCCAGGAGUUUGCGGCGGACGUCCGCCUGAUGUUCUCCAACUGUUAUAAAUACAACCCGCCGGAUCACGACGUGGUGGCCAUGGCACGCAAGUUACAGGAUGUGUUUGAGAUGCGCUUCGCCAAAAUGCCCGACGAGCCGACGGAGCCCGCGUUGGUGCCGGCCCCCUCGCCGGCCCCCCACCCGGCCCCCCACCCGGUCCACCAACCGGUCCACCACCCGGUCCACCACCCGGUCCACCACCCGGUCCACCACCCGGUACACCACCCGGCGCUCCACCCGGCGCUCCACCCCGCCCUCCUCCCCGCCCCCACCUCGCGUCAAGUCCUGCCGGCCACGCUGGCACGCCGGACCUCGAGCUCCUCCGACGCGGAGUCCUCGGCGGGCGAUUCGGAGCGCGAGCGGCAGCACCGGCUGGCCGAGCUACAGGAGCAGGUUAGAGCGCCGGUUCCCUUUUGGGCCCGUGAACCCAUAGUGAUGUCAGAAAAGCUGAAGGCGGUCCACGAGCAGCUGGCUGCCCUCGCCCAGCCCCAGGUGAGCAAGCCCAGCAAGAAGAAGGAGAGGGAGAGGAAGGAGAAGGAGAAGGAGAAAGAGAAGGAGAAGGAGAAGGAAAAAGAGAAGGAGAAGAAGAAGGAGAAGCACAAGAAGAAGUCUGCACUGGAGGAAAUGGUGGAAGUCCCGCCGGCCGCCAUCCUCCAACCUUCCAAGAAGAGCAAGGUCUGCAAGGAGCCUGCCGUGGUGGGCAAGAAAGACCGGAAGAAGCCUGGUAAGAAAGAUGAGGUUAAGAACAGUCGUCUCGGGGUGCCCCCCCUGGCCGGCCCGACGCCUCUCGUCCCCUCUGCGUCUCUCGAGGCAGAAGACGACAUCGGUGUGUUCGGAGGCGGCUCGGGUGAGCGCUGCAAGCCCAUGUCGUACGAGGAGAAGCGCCAGCUGAGCUUGGACAUCAACAAACUCCCCGGGGACAAGCUGGGCCGUGUGGUCCACAUCAUCCAGUCCCGCGAGCCCUCGCUGAAGAACUCCAAUCCGGAUGAGAUUGAGAUCGACUUUGAAACACUGAAGCCCUCCACGCUGAGGGAGUUGGAAAAAUACGUCUCCUGCAGCCUCAGGAAAAAGAAAAGGACAACAGCUGAGAAGGCCUUGGAGGUCUCGAAGGCGAAGACUGGCUCUUCCUCAUCGGCCAGCAGCGACUCCUCGGAGGACAGUGAAGACUCUGAACAUGGGCUGGUUCCCAAGCAGCAGCAGAAGCAGAAGAAGGCGGUGUUCACCAAGGAUACCAAAAGGCCUCACCACCCUUCCUUUAACAGCGUGGGUGGGCCCCCAGUGCCCCCCCAUCAGCCCCAGGUGGUCCAGUCCAAACCCCUGUUCUCCGCCCCUCCGGCCCUGCCCCUGCCCGUCCCCGCCCCCUCUUUGGACUCGUCGCAGCUGUUGGGGUCCGGGUUCGAUCCCCUGGCACACUUUCUGAACCCUCACCUGGCCCAGUCCAAGCCGGAGCCCACCCCCACGGUUUCCACGGCAGGCGGCCCCGCACCCCCCGGGCCCCUCAAUGCACAGGCUCACGCUGCCCCGCCCCCGGCAGAGACACACCCCUUCCUCAACCAACACACCAUCCUACCUUCACCAGCGCUCCACAACGCUCUUCCACAGCAGCCGUCGCGGCCUAGCCACCGCGCCGCGCCCCUCCCCCCCAAGAGCGCCCAGCAGCCCCCCGCCCCCGCCCCUAUCAUGCCCGCCAGCGCCGGCGCUCCCCUGCCCUCCUCCUCCGCACCCCCUCAUCCCUCGCUGCCCCUCGCCCUCCCCGAGCGGGCGCCCCCGCCGCCGCCGCCACCGCCGCACCUCCCCUCCCCCACCACGCACACCAUUCUGGGCACGCUGUCGGCGCAACCCCCGCAGGCGCUGCUGGAGGACGACGAGGAGCCCGCGCCCGCCGGCCCCGCCAGCCCGCCCCCCUCGCUGCCCCUCAGCCAGAUGCACGUGUACCUGCAGUCGCUGCAGCCGCGGGCCCCCGCCCCGGGCCCCGCCCAGCCCCUCCACGGCCACGCCCACACGCCCGCGCAGGCCCCCCCGCACGCCACGCAGCCCGCCCACGCGCAGGCCGUCACGGCGGCGGCCCAGCGGAACGGCGCCGGCCACGGCCUCCUGCCGCAGUCGCUCAUGACCGCGGCCGGGCCCAAGGCCGCAGCGCUGCAGCAGAAACUGCAGCAGAUGCAGCAGCACCAGCGGCCGCAGUCGCCCUGCAUUAAGACGGAGCCUUACGCAGGGUCCCUGAGGGAGAGUCCGCCGUCUCUGAGGCUCCAUUCUCCCCAGAUGACUCCCCAGUUCCAUCCGGUGGGACAGCACUCGCCUGUGCAGACCAAGAAACACGAGCAGAGGUCCAAUCUGGUGGGGGGGGUGAAGGAGGAGAAGCUGUCCCAUUCUCCCGUCCUGCCGCCGUCGCCCUUCAGCCCCGCCCUGCGUCCGGACGCACACAAGAGCCUGGACGGCAGACCUCCUCACAACGUGAAGUCAUUGGACGGCUCCCGCCCAGGGUCCCGCCUCCCGCACUCCCCGAACCCGCCCACCUCGCAGCAUGAGGUCAAAGUCAAGCUGGAAUCUAAAACACAGAGCGCUCCCAAGAAGGCACAGGACACCAAGCUGAAGAACAUGGGCUCGUGGGCCAGCCUGAUCCAGAGGCCCCAGUCCACCACCUCCACCUCCUCCUUCCGCUCCUCCAGCGACAGCUUCGAGCAGUUCCGCCGUGUGGCGCUGGAGAAGGAGGAGCGGGAGAGGCAGCUGAAGGCGCAGGCUGAGCAGGCGCGCAGGGAGCAGGAGAAGCUGCGCAGCGGUAGCCGUGACGACGAGGACACCGCGGAGCCGGCCCGCCGCUCGAAGGACGACACGCACCGCCGGCAGGAGCAACAGCCGUCACCGCUCGCCCCCACGCCGCCCGCCUCCACCCCUCCCACCCGCUCUCCGCAGCCCGCCCCCAGCCAGCCCCCGGCCACGCCCCCGGCCCCGCCCUCGGCUGCCGCGCAGACCGCCCUCGACCAGCAGAGGGAGAUGGCGCGGCGCCGGGAGCAGGAGCGGCGCAGGCGCGAAGCGAUGGCUGACACCAUUGACAUCAACUUCCAGAGCGAACUCAUGGCCAUUUUUGAAGAGAACCUGUUCUGAGGGCGUAGGCGCGCCGGACACUGAUGGCUUUUUUUCUCAGUUCCUGGCGGAAAACAUGCAAAUAGACUCUUACUUCUACUACAUAUGCUCUAUCGCUGCUCACCUGUACACACGCACACGCACACACACACACACGCACACACACACACACGAUGGAGGCGGCCCCUUUCUCUCUCAGUAGGGGGGAUGACUAGCCAUGCGUCCUAUAUACGGGGGGCCGUGAAGCUAUAAAGCCCACCACCCUGAGGGCUGCCAGAUGCGUUUGUCUGGCUUGUGUACCCGGUUUAUUUUCGGGUUGUGCGCUUCCAGAUACGUCGACGAUGAGGACAGACGUGCACGGGAACCCUCCCGCCCCCUCGCGAUCUAAGUGAUGAAAUGAAGGGGGGGGGGGGGGGGGCUGACCAAACAGAUGAACAAGACUUAAAUCGGGCAGAUUGCUAUGUUCUGUCUCUUUCCUUUUCUAAUCUUUGUCCCUUUUAUUUUUUUUCCCUUUCUAAUUUUUAUUUUACCCAGCUUAGGGUUUUAUGGUGUGGGGUCAGGGACGGUCUGGUUAAAGGGUUCCACCUGGAGAGGGUCCGGUUAAAGGGGUCCACCAGGGAGAGUCCCCCAGGGAGGGUCCGGUUAAAGGGGUCCACCAGGGAGAGUCCCCCAGGGAGGGUCCGGUUAAAGGGGUCCACCAGGGAGGGUCCGGUUAAAGGGGUCCACCAGGGAGAGUCCACCAGGGAGGGUCCGGUUAAAGGGGUCCACCAGGGAGAGUCCACCAGGGAGGGUCCGGUUAAAGGGGUCCACCAGGGAGAGUCCCCCAGGGAGGGUCCGGUUAAAGGGGUCCACCAGGGAGAGUCCCCCAGGGAGGGUCCGGUUAAAGGGGUCCACCAGGGAGAGUCCACCAGGGAGGGUCCGGUUAAAGGGGUCCACCAGGGAGAGUCCACCAGGGAGGGUCCGGUUAAAGGGGUCCACCAGGGAGGGUCUGGUUAAAGGGGUCCACCUGGGAGAGUCCACCUGGGAGGGUCACAUUAAAGGGGUCCGCCUCGGAGGUCUCAGUAAGUGUCCUCUCAUAACAUCAUGAGAACCGACCCCACCCCCCCCCCCCAUGAACAUCACCUUGGCAAAGAGGCUUUCCUCCUCUCCCUCCCUCUUCCUCUGCCUCUGAAAGCCCCUCCCAUCAGUGGCGAAGGUUAUCAGAGGAUGGCCAGGGGAAGAGGAGAGAACGGAGUGGGUUUAAAAAGGUGUGAGAAUGUGUCCUUUGCCUUAGAGCUUCGGCCUGUAAACUAAAAAGAAUUUCCCCCAGACAACUAUACAUUAUAAAUAUAUAUAUAAAUAGAUACAUGAAUAUAUAUUAUAUACGACAAAAAAAGAUCAGUUCAAAAAAAAAAAAAAGAAAAGGAGGAACACCAGAAGAAUUAGAUUUGUUGUGAGCUAAGCUUGUCUGUGCUCAUCUCAGAGCUUUGGUUUUGGUUUUUUUCUAGAAUUUACUGUAAAGAUCAUUUGUAUGGUUCUACCGAAAGGAUUGUUUUUAUCUUACACUCGUUCUCUUGUAUGCUUUCCGUCUUUUUCUCAACUUUAUGCCAAAACCAAUCUAUUGAGUGCUGAAAAAGUGUAUUCAAAAUGUGUGUUACACAUAAAAUUCAUCCUCUUUUAACUUUAUAUUAAAGACAAUUUAAGGUUUUUGUUCUAUUUAAUUUGACCUCAUCCCUGUUUAAAAUCAUAUGCCUUUUUAAUGGGGGCGCCAUUGUUCAGUCAAGACAACAAACUACUGCACUUAGCUGUCUACUUAACUUCUGUUCUUUUCUUCUUAGAAUAUUUUAGCUUCACCGUAUUUAAGUUGCGUUUUUUUAAUAAGAUUGUAUGUUUCUGAGUCACAUCUUCAUCACCACUACCACCACAGCAACCAUGGUCGUAAGAGACUUCUUGAACUGUUUUCAUCCCUCAUUCAUGUUCGUUUUUUUAUUUUGUGUGUGUGCGCGUGUGUGUGCGUGUUUUAUGUCCAUGCUAUCAGUCAAGGAUUUCUGUGUGCCAUGUGUUUUUGGAAGGGAGGGGAUUUUAUCCCAUGUUAUUUUGGUUGGCCCAGACAUCCAUCCGUUUAUUUGGUUCUUUUGUUCUCAUUCUUUCAUUCAUUUAUUUUCCCUAUUCCCAUAUUUGAUCGUUUUGAGUCGCCCCUCCUUUGUAAAUGCUUUUUGAUUUUUGUUUCUUCUUUGAACAACAUGUGGUAUGUUAGUGUGGGAGGUAUUGAGGUCAAUAGAUUUAUUCUGUUUUGAUUAUGGAGUAAAACAUCUUUUUUUAAGAAAAGUAUUAAAAUAAUAUUUAAAAAUUA